AUUUAUCGAUAAUGCAACCAUAUGUGUUAUCGGGCUUAUUAAAGGCAGACGAAGUGUGAUUGGUGGUUCUCUGAGAAGAAAUUAAAAAGUCGUCAAAAUUAUUCACUAUAAUAAAACUAUGGUCCGUGGAGCGCUUCGGGGCGGCAGACCUAUGCGCGGAGGCAUUAGGCCGCCUUUUAAAAAGACGUUCGUACCGCGGCAUCCGUUUGAUUUAACAUUAGCCGAAGUUGUUUUCCCCAAAGUUUCACCGGCUGUAGAUGAUUCUGCUCUAACUGCGGCGCUAUUAAAACGCAACCAAGACCUUAGUCCAACCUCAGCAGAGCAGACAGCAAUUGGUAAUUUGGUUACCAAGGUGCAAGCUGUUCUAGACAACUUAGUUUUAGCCCCAGGCGAUUUCAAUACCUGUCAAUUGGAAGAAGUGCGACAAGUGGGUUCCUUUAAAAAGGGAACAAUUCUCACAGGCAACAAUGUGGCCGAUGUUGUUGUCAUACUUAAAACACUGCCAACGAAAGAAGCCUGCGAGGCACUGGCCAAAAAAGUAGAGGCGGACCUCAAAAAUGGCAUGAAGACUGAAGUGGUUGCCAAGGGAGAGCAGCACACAAUACAAGUACAUGACCGCGGCUUCGAUGUGUCUAAUGUGCAAGCCAAAGUACGCAUUCUGAUUGCUACGUUGCCGCAAAAUUUGCGCAAAUUAGAGCCAGAAAUCCAUUUGGAUCAUAAGCUGAUGCAGGGCCAUUUGGCAGCUAUACGGCACACUCGCUGGUUCGAGGAAAACGCUCACCACUCUUCAAUCAAAGUUCUAAUUCGUAUUCUUAAGGAUUUGACUAAGCGAUUCGAUGCUUUUGCACCGCUCUCUGCUUGGAUGAUUGAUUUAAUUGCUCAUUUGGCCAUCAUGAACAAUCCCUCACGUCAAGCGCUGCCCAUCAACAUGGCUUUCCGUCGUGUGUUCCAACUGCUAUCGGCUGGCCUAUUCCUACCGGGAUCUGCGGGUAUCACGGAUCCAACUGAGCCCGGUCACAUUCGGGUGCACACAGCAAUGACUUUGGAGCAGCAGGAUGUAUGCUGCUAUACAGCGCAGACGUUACUGCGAGUAUUGGCACAUGGAGGCUACAAGCAUAUUUUGGGAUUGGAGGGCAACACUAGUAUUGUACGCGAAAUGUCUGUGUGGAAUGGCGUGGUUGUGUCGCCUCUAACUCCCGUGUAUGAGAAGCCUACUGACAAAAAGGAAGGUGACCUGGAGGAAGAUAUUGAAAUGAUUGAGAAUGAAAAUGAGGAUGUUGGUAGUGACGAUGCUGCCGAAUAAGCUAUGCAAUAAGAUUUACAUUUUAUUAUAAACAAUAAAUUUCGCUGUAUUAUGCCAGCACAUUCUCA